CGUCCGCUGGGCCCGUGGCGGACCAUGGGGUCAGAGCGUGGCCGACUGCUCUACAAGCUGGCGGAUCUGAUUGAACGCGAUCAGACCUACCUGGCGAGUCUGGAGACGCUGGACAACGGCAAGCCGUACAACAUGUCCUACCUGGCCGACACAGCUCUGAGCGCCGGUCACUACCGCUACUACGCCGGCUGGGCGGACAAAAUCACCGGCGAGGUCAUCCCCGCCGACGGCAACAACUUCAGCUACACGCGUCACGAGCCGGUGGGCGUCUGCGCUCAGAUCAUCCCCUGGAACUUCCCCCUGCUGAUGCAGGCCUGGAAACUGGGGCCCGCUCUCGCCGCCGGUAACACUGUGGUGAUGAAGCUCGCUGAGGAAACUCCCCUCACCGGCCUGUACGUGGCCGAGCUGAUAAAGGAGGCCGGCUUCCCUCCUGGUGUGGUCAACAUCGUGCCCGGGUUCGGCCCCACUGCCGGUGCGGCCCUGGCCUCGCACAUGGGGGUCGAUAAGGUGGCGUUCACCGGAUCAACCGAGGUCGGUCAGAUUGUCAGCGAGCUGGCCGCCAAGUCCAACCUGAAGCGGGUGACGAUGGAGCUGGGCGGAAAGUCUCCCAACAUCAUCUUCAAGGACGCUGACCUCGAUCAGGCGGUGGAGGGAGGACACUUCGGCCUCUUCUUCAACAUGGGCCAGUGCUGCUGCGCCGGCUCUCGUAUUUUCGUCCACGAGGACAUCUAUGAUGAGUACGUGCAUAGGAGCAUUGAGAAGGCCAGGCAGAGGACCGUGGGCGAUCCGUUCGACCCUAACACUCUGCAGGGACCUCAGAUCAGCGAGAUCCAGAUGAACAAGAUUCUCGGCCUGGUCGAGUCGGGAAAGAAGGAGGGAGCGAAACUGGCGCACGGUGGAGCCAGGAUCGGCGACAAGGGCUACUUCAUCGAGCCGACUGUCUUCACAGACGUGCAGGAUAACAUGAGAAUCGCUACGGAGGAGAUAUUCGGCCCGGUGCAGCAGAUUAUGAAGUUCUCCAGUGUUGAGGAGGUCAUCGAGCGAGCCAACAACUCCAUGUAUGGACUGGCGGCCGGCGUGUACACGCGAGACCUGGACCUGGCCAACCGGACUGCCCAGGGACUGCGAGCCGGAACCGUGUGGAUCAACUCGUACAACGUGUUCUCGUCUCAGCUGCCUUUCGGCGGCUACAAGAUGUCUGGCCACGGCAGAGAGAAGGGAUCGUACGGCAUUCAGAACUACACCGAGACCAAGACGGUCGUCACCGCCAUCCCGCAGAAGAACUCGUAAACUCACUCGUAACUCGUAAACUAAGGUUCGAGAUACGGUCAAGGUUGGAUGUUCGGUUCGGUGUCUAAAUGUGUAUUGGCGACUUUGGAAAGUGGUGGUUGAAAACAGUGAUAUGGGAACAGCUCUGAAGAUAGAGCGACGGAAUAGGUAUUUGACGAAGUUGUGGUGCUUUCGCGUAUGCUCUUCAGGAUGGUCGUUUGGGAUUUUGUGUGUUUAAAACUGUGCUGUUAAUUAAUGCACUGUGUCAGGUAAGGGCCGAUUUGCAGGAGAAUCAGACGACGUUACGAACUCACGAGAUGGGAUGAUUUCUAUGUCAACAUAAGGUUUAAACCAACUACAACAACUGCAAUCGAACGUGAUGCAAUCGAAAGUUAAUUUGUCGAACGUUGGCCUCUGUAAGUGUUUUUGGCCGGUCCUGUAUAAAAGCGAGUGGCAUCGUUUAGCAUGUCGUUCGACUGAGCCAUGGGAUAGGAAGUGGUGAAAGGCCUGUUGGAAAUCACGGCCCACAGCAAAGUUUAUCGAUUGGUAGUUUCUUCUUUGCGCCCAGAACAAUCGUUUUUAUCUAGAAAUGCAUUCAUGUGGAUCAGCUCGUAAAGAAUCCCUCUUUGUGCUUACGGAACAGGUUGUAGGGAACGUGUUCGUACAUUGCGCAUAGACCUGCUGCGCGGUGGUACUCGUUUUGUACACACGUCUUUUAUUAUUGGCUACUGAUGUGGAUUUGUGUUGUAUGAAGAAUCUUUUUCGUUUUCUUCGAUUUCUUAUGGCUUAAGUUAUCGGUUCUUCCUCGCUUUUUCCGAGUCGAAGUUGUCUCGUAGCUUGUCAAAUAUCACCGUGCUACACCGUGCUGUACAAUGCUCGUAAGACCGUCCAGGGAAGACUUCCUGAGGUAUUUUGUAAAUGACUAAGCGGAAAUACAAUUACACACUUGUAA